AUGGCCACUUCCAUGAGCCUUUUCUUGCUUCUUUCUUUGCUAGCCUUUGCUCCCUUUUGCCUAUGUAACUUCUACCAAGGGGGUUACCUCUACCCUCAGUUUUAUGACUAUUCAUGCCCACAAGCUCAGCAUAUUGUCAAGUCCACCCUUGCCAAGUAUGUUGAAGAGCAACCCCGUUUUGCAGCUUCGAUUCUCAGGCUUCAUUUCCAUGAUUGUUUUGUCAAGGGUUGUGAUGCUUCGUUGUUGUUAGAUAGCAGUGAAAACAUCAUCAGUGAGAAGGGAUCAAAUCCCAACCGUAAUUCGGCUAGAGGAUUCGAAGUCAUUGAUGCAAUCAAAGCCGCACUAGAGAGAGAAUGCCCUUCUACAGUCUCUUGUGCUGACAUCUUGACUCUAGCUGCAAGAGAUUCAGUUGUUCUUAGUGGUGGACCAAGCUGGGAAGUACCUUUAGGGAGAAGGGACUCUAGAGAUGCAAGCAUAAGUGGCUCCAACAACAACAUUCCAGCCCCAAACAACACAUUCCAGACCAUCCUAACAAAAUUCAAUCUUCAAGGGCUUGACCUUAUUGAUCUAGUUGCUCUAUCUGGGGGCCACACUAUAGGAAAUGCCAGAUGCACCACCUUCAAGCAAAGACUCUAUAACCAAGUUAGUGGCAAUGGCGAGCCUGAUUCCACUCUUGACCAAUACUAUGCUGCUGCAUUGCGCAAUAGAUGUCCAAGAUCUGGGGGUGACCAGAACCUGUUCUUCCUAGAUUUCGCCACCCCAUAUAAAUUUGACAGCACCUACUUCAAGAACCUUUUGGCUUACAAGGGUCUCCUAAGUUCUGAUCAAGUCCUCCUCUCAAACCAAGAAUCAGCAGAACUCGUGAAGUUGUAUGCUGAAAGAAAUGACCUUUUCUUUGAACAAUUCGCCAAGUCCAUGAUCAAGAUGGGAAACAUAUCUCCUUUGACAAAUUCAAGGGGAGAGAUCAGAGAAAACUGCCGGAAGAUCAACGCUUGA